GGGAAAUAAACACAACAAUUAACACUAUUGUUUAUAUAAAUUAAAUACUUGUCUUUAGGCCUUAUUUUUUGUAUAAUUAGAGGCAAAUACUAAUUAUCAUUGGAAAUAAAUUUGUGGUGGGCAUCAUGGAUCAAUAUGAAGACAGUAGGAGGGUUAAUCCUUGACAGUAGUAUACUGCUAUUGCUUUCACUUCAUUUUCAAGUUACUUAUGAUUAUCUGAAGUCAUGAUAACACUUUGGAGUGAAGUUUUCCCAUCUAAGGACGAUUGUAGAAGCUCGUUGGAGGCACUAGAGAAGCUGUUGAACGAGUUUUUCAGUCCUGGGACAUCUAACGACAGGCAGCGAGAGCUAGAAAAUGUCCUAAGUACAUUCUCUGGCCGACCUGAGUCAUGGCGGCUGUGUCUCCAGUUUCUCACGCUGACAAGCAACCAGUAUGUGGCUAUGUACUGUCUCGCCACCAUUGAGUCUGUGAUCACCAAGCGAUGGCUGGUGCUGAUGACGGAGGAAAAAUCCGAGCUGACAACGUUGUUGUACAAACACCUCUUGGCACGGCACGCAGAGUUCCCGCACUUCAUACGCAACAAACUACUGAAGCUGAUUGUUGACAUUGCGCGGUACGACUGGCCUCACUUCUACCCGGACUUCUUCAUGAAUAUUUGCAAAAUAAUACAAGAUCCACAGACCACAAUCCUGGGUCUCAGCUUCCUGCAGACAGCCUCCGAGGAGCUGAUAUGUCCACGGGAAGAUCUCAGUGUCUGUAGGAAAGAUGAGCUCAAACGUUUGUUCACUGCUCACAUUCCUAAUGUCUUUAAAAUUAUUUGUGAUGUGCUAGAGGGAGUGAAAGAUGGCCGCAGUAGUCAGGCGGUAGGUGCUGCAGCUCUACAAGCUGUCUGUCAUCUGUUCUCCUGGGUACCAUUGCAGUCGCAGGCUAGCCAUUCAGCUCUGUUGGCGCUCGUCUUUCACUUCACGUGCACUCCAGACAAUCUUGGUAUCUGUGCGCUCGCUGUGCUCAAUGAAGUGCUCUACAAGAACUGUGUGCCGCACUCACUGCUCCCCUCCGUGUUUGUCGUGUGCACCCAGAACCACCAACUGUUGCACCUGGUGCUGCAGCAAAGCGAUCUCUCCAACAUCGACGAGAACUACCUGAACAAACUGACGGAGAUGUCUCAUCUGUGCCUGUCCAAGCACUGGCACCGAAUUGAACAGAACCAUCUAUUCCCUGUCAACGACUUUCUUUACGCACUGUAUCAGUACACAUUCCGCCAGCCGACUGUGGCUAGCUACUACGCCUGCCUGGAUGUCUGGAACUCCCUCCUCGACUACUUGGCUGAUAAGGACGCAGUUCACAUCCAGAAGUAUGAGGAGUUUUCAACAGCACUAAUUGAAGCCAUCAUCAAAAAAAUGAGGACAGAACAAAACUUGGAUGACGAGAAAACGGAUGACGAUGAGGAGACAGAACGUCAAGUCUUCAUCAGGCACAAUAUAGAAGUUAUCGGGAAGAUUGGUGACAUUGUUCCAAUGACUACUUGUUCUAGAGUUGUGGAUGCUUGGCAGAAGUCGUGCGCAGUGUACUCCAAGUUGUUGUUCGCUACUGAGGUGCCGCAGCCUAGCCCCGAGCUGCGCCAGGGGCUCCUCGAGUGUGCCGCCCUCACCCAGACAGUCGGACACCUCCACAGCCACCUGGUCGGCACCAUGAACCUGUCCAUGAGCCUCAGCAGUCUGGCGGUGGCGGCCAGUCGAGCCAGUCUCCACAACAAGGUCACAGACCCAGAGCUUGUCCGGCUGUUCAUCGCUGUACACGCAGAGGUGAUAGCCACUGUUCCCACCUGGCUGAGUCCAGAACACCUGAACAACGCAGUGGAGGCGAGUCUCUUGCUACUGCAAGGCUCACACCCGGCCAAGCUGCAGUACUCGGCAGCAGCCCACCUCCUCGCUGCCCUCGCUAACAAGAAGUUCUCCCCACACCCCCUACCCAGCCUGCUGCCACUGUUCCAGGCCAACCUGUCCCAUCUCAGUGCUGAAACUCAGACGGUGGUGCAAAGCGCUCUCUGCAGUAUUCUGAUGACCUGCCCGCCCGACGUGCAGACUGAUGAUCAACGCCUGGAGCUCAUGCAAGGUCUCGUCAAGUCCAUGAUGCCGUCAGGAAUACAAGACCUUAAGCAAAUCACUACACUGCUGCUACACUGUAAGCCGGAGAACAAGAACGCAAAGAAGAUCCUCUACUCGGCCCUGCAACCUGUGCUGGAGAACGUGAUUUCGGAGUUUCCGCGCAGAAUGUCAACUGAGCCGCCACUGUGUGACUCCAUGCUCGGCUUCUUCCUGGAGGCUUUCCGUGCACUGCAGGAACACAUUGGAGCUGACAUGACUCAGCGGGCUGUUGAAACAUUCAUCAACGCCUUCCGCAGUGUGGACCUGAUCACACAGGAGUGUGGUGUGGACAAGUUACUGCAACUGUUGGUGCUCAUUGUGCAGCAGGCCUCAGGGGUGUUCAAGCAGUUCAUCCCCUCCUGUGUAACCCUCUGCCUGGACCACAUCUACCCAGCAAUAUACAACAGCCCCAAUUCCAACAUCAAGCCAUGCCUCUUCCACUUGCUCUCCAGUAUUCUACUCCACAAGUGGCAGUACUUCUACAUGGGCACGGUGGCGGACGGGGAGCCCGAGCUGCAGAACGGACACCAGUUGGCUGCGAUCCUGCAGGCAUUCGGCGAGUCUCUCAUGCAGAACGACAUCACACUGUUCUCGCAGAACUUGCAGGCACUGGAAAUACUGAACCUGCAAUGGAAAUUGUACCAGAGGGAGCUGUUCCGGACCCAGUUCCUGCCGGAAUACUUGACUCUCCUCCUGAACACUCUUAUCCUGAAGACGCAUGCUCUCAGGGCUGACGAGAUAGCCACAGCCAUAUUCAAUAUGGCCUCUGUGGACUUUGAAACCUUCUACUUGUUCUUCCUGCCCCACUUCCUGGACCAUACCACAGGAUUGGACAGCAACCAGCGGAUGGUACUGCGGCGCAACAUGAAAGCAGAUCAGGAUUUACCAACGUUUAUUCAGAAUGUCCACCGCCUGGCCAACGACAUCCGCUGCUAUCGACUCUGCAAUGGUACCAACCCGCAAGCAUCGUGAUCUUCUGUGAUAUCUCAGUAAAUGUGCCAUCUCAAUGCGUUUUAUUUUUUAAAUAUAUUUUGUUUAGUUUAAGGUACUUAGAUGUAAUUUAAGUUUUUUAAUGCUGUAUUUUCUAUAAUUGUUUUCUGAUAUAGGUACUUUGUUCCGUACAAUGUUAUUUAUAUUUUAUAAAUUUAUAUUUAUUAUUGUUUUAUGCUUUUGUGCAUUUCCUGUUUGAACAUUUUUAUUUCCUGUUAAAAUUUGUAUCAGUUGUUUUCAUUUUUUUAAAUUAGACUUACAAUUUAUUGGUCUAUUGUUUCAGAGCGUACUCAAAAGGUUAUCUAGAAUAAAUAUGAAAAAUAAAAGUAUUUAUUGUAAGUAAUAGUUAAAUCAAGAGUGUAAUCAAAUCAAACAUUUUUGUCUUGAUUCAAUAUGUAAAUUAUUGCUUGUGGUUGUUUUGUAUUUGUGUAUUUUUAAAUUAUAAAAUCAAGACAAAAUAUUAUAUUUACAGUGUAAAGUAAGACAUUGUUUAAAAAAUUUUAUAAAAAGAAACAACCACAUGUAUUAGUUAUUAAAGGUUCUUGAGCUAGCAUUUAAAAAUGUUUUAAUUUCACCCUGAUGGUGCAGUGUAGAAUCUUGAUAGUAUUGAAAUUAUUGUUUACUUAAUUAUAUUUAUUACAUAAUUUUCUAUCUUCUUAUCGUACUAAAUUAAGCGUCAACACAAUGAUGAAUUCCAAAAUUGCAACUUCACUGCCGUAUGUUUAUUUAAUGUUGUAAUUUCAUGACUCAAUUUUCCUUAGUUAUGAUAGAAGUAUAAUCUUGUAAUUAAUUGUUAUUAGUUUAAUUGCAUUCAAUAAAGUAUUAGUCAUUUAGGCACAUGGAUUGUUUUAGACUGAUUAACACAUUCAUUGCUCAGCGAGUUAGUAUGGCCGUUCCUUCAGAGCUGAUGGUGUUCUUUGCACGGAUAUAUCAGCGCACCUUGUGCAUAAAGGAUUGUACUACCUACAAAAAUUUUAAUUAUUAUUUUACACUUAGGAUUUAAAAGUUACGUACAAAUGUUCAGGUGGGAUGAGUCAGGAUAAUCAAACAUAAUGCUACUGAGAAAUCAUGCAAAGAGUAAAUAUGCAGAAAUGCAUCAACAGCAUCCUUGUCAACCAAAAUGAAAUAAAAAGAUUACUUUGCGGUUUGGAGUAUCAAAUCAAUCUAGACAUCGAAAAUAACUAUUAUUUAGAGUCUAAAACCUAAUGUACAUGCAUUAAAAUUUAUCAACCUAGCAUAAGAACACGGCUUAAUGAAAGGGGCUACUUGAAAACUGGACAACGCACAAAGUUAUACUGCAUCCAAUACUGUGUAAUCACAUCAAGUUCUCAUCAGUGCUACGAGUAAUAAAAAAGUUCAUCAAUGAUGCUUAAAAAAUUGAAAUGCGACAUUGGAUCAGGAGUGUUGGGUAUCUGACUCGUUGCAGUGAGUGUGUUAAGAUAAUAUUGUGAAACACUAUUUUGUUAGAGUUUUCGCAAUAGUGAGUCAAAAUUUUGUGUUUUAUAUUAUGAUUCCUAGGAGGAUGCUUUAGUUACUGGACGUGAGAUAAGUAAAGAAACUGAUAGACAGAUUCACCAGUCCAUAAUCAAGAUUAUAAUGAAAUUUCUGCUACACUCGGUUGUUACAGCAGAUGUUAGUUUAGUCUAUAUAAGUUUUUCCAAGAACAUUUCUUUCAAUAUCUCAAGCUAUAUGUAUAUUGUGAAAAAGUAAUGUUAGAAUUUUAACCGUUUAAAGUAACAAUCAAUGAUAAAGUGAGUUUGCCAAAACAAACUACAGUUUGAGUGAUGAUAGGUUUAAAAUUUUCAUUUUAAACUUGUGGCUGGUAUCUCUCUGAGAGAUCGCUGCAAGAGGGGAAUCUCCUUCCACAACCGAUUACUUCCCCCUCAUCCUCAUAUUCGGUUUCUUCACUUACCUCAAGUCCAGUACAAAAAUAUUGUAUUUUUUAUGUAAGUUAAUUGAGUUAAAGUGUGAAUAAUUUUGGUAUAAUUAUCUAACAUGUAUUAUUAGAAGCUCUGAUUUAAUUAUCUGAAAUCAGUUUAAGCAUUCACAACUAGCAAACUUGAUUAAACAAAAGAAUUAA